UCCCCUAGUGCCCUAUGAACAACCCCACGCCCCACGGGAAGCCACUGCGACUGACAUUAAACCCCUGUAAAACACUUGCGUAAGAGUCUGGGGAAAAGGCACGAGUCGCGUCAUUUCUGGCAGCUUUCCAUUGACAGAAAAGCCCCGGUUUCGGAUCGCCUACUGUCAUGUUGCGUUGCUGCUGGCUGGCUUAGGGUCCAGACAGGACAGGGGAGUGGGUGAGCGAGGUGGGCGAUGCGGGGUCCACAUUCAUAAAAGAAAGAUGCCCCGCCAUCCACUGAAGACGAGAGAACUCUUGGAAAGAGUCAUUGUAAUAAAUCUCUUGUGCUACAAGACACACAACAAAAUGCCUUCUCGCGCCGACAUCACAUACUUUGGCGCCGGCCCUGCCGCCCUUCCCACCGACGUCCUGGAAGCUGCCUCCAAGGCCCUCCUCGACUACAACGGCACUGGUCUCGGCAUCGCCGAGCACAGUCAUCGCUCUGAGCUGGCCACCAAUAUCAUCAACGAGGCCAAGGCCGACCUGGCCAACUACCUCGAGUUCUCUCCCGAGAACUAUGAGGUCAUCUUCAUGCAAGCCGGUGGUACCGGAGAGUUUGCCGCCUCAGUCUACAACCUUGUUGGCGCCUGGGUGAGCAGACAACACGCCGCUCUCAAGAAGGAGCUCGGUGAUGAUGAAGAGGCUAUUCUGGCUGCUCUCCGCAAGAAGGUCGAGACAGAGCUCAAGGUCGAUUACAUCGUCACCGGUGGCUGGUCCCUCAAGGCUUACCAAGAAGCUCAAAGACUCUUGGGCCCCGAGUAUGUCAACCUCGUUGCUGAUGCUCGCACCAUCAACGAUGGCAAGUUUGGCAAGAUUCCCGAUGAGUCGACAUGGAAGCUCAGCAAGGACGCCGCCUAUGUCUACUUCUGCGACAACGAGACAGUCGACGGCGUCGAGUUCCCGGCCUUCCCUUCGGUCCUCACCCCUGAUGCCAACGGAAACGGUCCUAUCGUGGUGGCCGACAUGUCGUCCAACAUUCUGUCCCGCCGCAUCCCAGUCAACAACUACUCUCUCAUCUUCUUUGGUGCCCAAAAAAACCUCGGCUCUACUGGUGUCACUGUUGCCAUCCUCAAGAAGAGCUUCCUCCCCCCUCACGUGGUCCAGCCCAGCGCUCCCCUUCUCAGGAAGCUCGGCUUGCCAAUUCCCCCCAUCAUCUUGCAGUACGAGAUUGUUGCCAAAAACAACAGCUUGUACAACACUCUGAGCAUCUUUGACGUCUACAUUGCCGGUCAGGUUCUCAAGAAGCUCCUCAACACCUACCCCGACAAGGUCGACGGCCAACAGGCUGUUGCUGAGAAGAAGGCUUCUCUCAUCUACGGCGCUCUGGAGGCCCAUCCAGAUGUGUACCGCGUUGUUCCUGACAAGACCGUCAGGUCAAAGAUGAACAUUUGCUUUAGGGUGACAAAGAACGGAGACACAGACGAGACCGAAAAGAGCUUCCUCAAGGCUGCCACCGUCUUGGGCUUGACUGGUCUCAAGGGCCACCGCAGCGUCGGCGGCAUCCGUGCCUCCAACUACAACUCCAUCCCUCUGGAAGGCGCCGAGAAGCUGGCCAAGUUUGUCCAUGACUUUGCAAAGGCUUCCUGAGUGGAUUCUUGGUCUCGAAAACUGAAAAGGGGGCACAUGAGCAUUCAACAAGGGGAUUCACACGUAUCUCUUGCAUAUUUGCAUAAUCUGGUUCAUUCAACCACCUAGCGUUCUUGUUACUUUUCAAAUCAUAAUUUCAUUACCCAACUCGGACCUCAAGAUGACUUUUCAAUCUCCUCCUUCAACCACCCCGGCAGCUCGGGAAUCUUGUCCCACCCGCUCAAAAAUUCCUCUGGCUUCCCGCCCGGGCGGGCAUAAAUCCCACCGACAUACCAAACCUUUUCCCCCUUCUUCACCGUCCCCUGCAACGUCGGGAUAGCAGUCCUGCUCUCGACCAGGUUGCUGUUGGGGUCGGCAUUCACCAAGUUCGCCUUCCUUAUACUCCCGCCCUCCAAAGCCCUAAUCCCAACCGCACCCUUGGUCUUAUGAACCGCAAACGCCCCCUUUUGGCCGUCUGCCCACGCCUCAGGAGUAGCAAGAUCAUAAUUCCCAAUCAGCUUUGGACUCGUCCCCUCCCCCUUGGACUCAUCCCACAAAUCCAAAUACCGCCCCUUUGACUCCCGCAGCGUCGACUCAUUGCAGAUGGCAAAACUCCCAUCAGCCGUCAUGACCUCCCUUCCCUCGGCCCAGAUGUGAUGAACCCGGAAAUGGUAGUUCUCCGUCGCUCCUGGAACAGGCGGAAGGAGAUAGGUCUUGACGUGGACAUCCACAAAAGGCUUCCACUCUGAGAUGAGGAACGGGGUCCCAUCUGGUGCUGUUUUGAGCUGGGAGGCUGACAGCCGUCUGGUUUUCCAGUACUCGCCCCCGUCGUCGGAAAGGCCGAGUUGGGAGGCUAGGGCGUAUUGCUCCAGUGUGAAGAGCCCGGGGGGGACGGAGUAGGCGUAGGAGGACGAGUAGGCGAAGCCGCCGUAUUUGGCGUGGGUGCCUUUCAUGGGGUAGGAGCAGGCUUGACCGGAGGAGAGGAGGAAGGUGUGGGUUCCGAGGCUGACCAUGAUGUGGCCCGGCUGAGGCAGAGCCUUCACCGGGGGCAGCACACCCCAGUGGUCUUGUUCUUCCGAAGUCCAAAAGGGGUGCGUCUCAGGGACGGCGAGACAGAUAAACGCCAGACAAGCCCAGUACUGUUCCCCAUAUUAUCAACCUUUUUGGUCUCUUGUCAAGAAAAGAAAAUGAAUAAAAAAAGAAAAAAAAGGGAGGGGGGAAAACAGGACUCACCGGCGAUCCAGGACUGUUGUAAUUCUCAGCCAUGUACAUAUUCGGAUAACUAUACCCAAUCGUCAACGUCCCGCUGCUGCUCCACAUGUCAGCCUGCGUCUGCCACCACCGGAGAUGUCUCAUCACAAUCCCCUUCACCAUCCCCCACGUCAGCGGUUUCGGGAGUUCAACAUCGGCGUAGGCAAUCGCUCCCCAGAAGGAGACCAUGGCAAAGCGGUAGCCUACCGACCUGCCAAAGGGGAUGGACCGGCCUUCUGUGUCGUAAUAGUGAGCUAAGUCGAGGGCGGCCAUUUGCGCCCGCUUCUUGAACUCGGCCGCGCGGGCGGGCUCGUCGUGGCCGGCGAGUUUGGCGUAGAGGAGUUGGAGGAAGUGGAUGGCGAAGGAGGAGGAGUAGUAGUCCAUUUCUGUUUUCAACAUCCGUCAGUCAUGUUUGCCGGGUUGGAGCGAGGGAGGGAAAACAAACGAUGAAUCCCCUCUGGCCCGUCAUUACUCCAUCCAUCCCCUCUGUAAAAAGUUUCCAGAUGCUCAACAUCCCUAUCCAACCUCUCCUGGCUAUACUUUCCCCCAUUCUUCUUCAGCCCAAGAUUCGCAAAAACCCUAAACCACAACCAGUUCGUGUCCGGCAUGCUGUAGGUACCCUAGGCGUCAGCCCCCCCCCCUCCCCUUUCUCCCUACCUUCCCAUACCAGAGCAGGCAAGACUUACUUCUUCUCAUUGAUGCUAUUCCCCAACCAACUCUCCAGAUCCCUCCUCCCCUUAUCUCCCAACCCCUCCCAUAUCCCUGGCACCACGGCAAGCGCAAACCCCAAAGGGCACAUCUCCACCAUCCUCUGGUCAUUAUCCCUCGGAUACCCCCAAUACUCCUCCCCAUCGGGAUCAACCCCGUUUCUUAUCCCCUCCACCCAGUAUUCUGCCGCAUGAUACCCCCCCCCUCCCGCCAGCAAGCACGCAAGCCCCC